AGGACAGGAAACGGACGCGGGCCAGGCCAGCUGUUCGCCCCGGGGAGGAGGGAGAGAGGCUGCAGGACCAUGAGUAAGGUGGCGUAUCAUGACGACCUCGAGUUUCCCUUCUGCGACGACGUGAUCAAAUAUGAGAAGCUUGCAAAGAUCGGCCAGGGGACAUUUGGGGAAGUGUUUAAGGCUCGGGACAGGAGAACUGGCAAAGUUGUAGCUCUUAAGAAGAUUCUUAUGGAAAAUGAGAAGGAAGGCUUUCCCAUCACAGCUUUAAGAGAAAUCAGAAUCUUGAAGUUGCUAAGGCAUGAAAAUGUUGUCAAUCUUCUGGAAAUAGCUCGCACAAAAGGUCCCCCACCCCCAGGCCUCCAGAAACCUGUCAAAGCCACACCUCAUAUGUCUAGUCUCUCCACAUUUUUCUUGGUGUUUGAAUUCUGUGAACACGACUUGGCUGGCCUGCUCUCCAAUGUCAAUGUGAAGUUCAACCUGGGCGAGAUUAAAAAGGUUAUGCAACAGUUGCUCAAUGGUCUGUAUUACAUUCAUUCAAACAAGAUCCUUCACAGGGAUUUAAAGGCUUCAAAUGUCUUAAUAACAAAGAAUGGGAUAUUGAAACUGGCAGAUUUUGGCCUGGCACGAGCAUUCAGCACCAGCAGACAAGGACCGAACAGGUAUACAAAUCGUGUUGUCACUCUUUGGUACCGGCCUCCAGAGCUCCUCCUUGGGGAGAGAAAUUAUGGUCCUCCAGUAGACAUGUGGGGGGCUGGGUGCAUCAUGGCAGAAAUGUGGACACGGACUCCUAUUUUGCAGGGGAGUACAGAACAACACCAACUAGCCCUCAUAACCAAGCUGUGUGGAUCCAUCACACCUGAAGUUUGGCCUUCUGUAGAAAACUAUGAUCUGUUCAACAAGAUGGAACUAGUCAAGGGACAGCAGCGAAGAGUCUGUGAAAGACUAAAGCAUUAUGUUAGAGAUAACCAGGCCUUGGAUCUUUUAGAUAAACUCCUUACCUUAGACCCAAGUAAAAGAACAGAUUCAUCCUCUGCCUUGGACCAUGACUUCUUCUGGACAGAUCCCAUGCCGGGAGAUUUGUCUAAAAUGCUGUCGCAGCACACACAGAGUAUGUUUGAAUAUUUAGCUCCUGCAAGACGACCUGGAGCAUCAAACCGACCAGUCAUUCAGCCCAGGCAACCAGACAAUGUCUCCUCCUAUCAGGAACGUGUAUAUUAAUAAUAUAUUUAAGCUAUUGAUAAAUGAUAUUCAUGAACUUUUAUUUUGACAUUUAAGUUCAUGUGAAAAGAUGUAUUAUGGGUGGACAAAUAUGAAAUACAUAAUUGUUACUGUUACUUGACUCUCCAUGUAUGCAGAAAGGUUGUGGUGUACAAGUUAUUCGUUACAUUAUUGCUAUGAUUGGAUAAUUUGUUUAUCUUAUGUCUUGAAGGCAUUUGGUUUAGUUAAUGGUAUUUGUUUUGGUACAUGAAAUGGAACACGACAUCCCUUGUUAUAUUGAAUAAAGUUACUGGACCAGUGAAAACACAGCUGAAAAUUAAAUGAGUUCAUAUGACGGAUAAUUAAAUGAAUCUCCAUACGACUGAAAAUUAAAUGACAGUAUAAAUCUGAAAAUUAAAUGAGUUUAGUGAGACUAUGUCUGAAAAUAAAAUGACUGCUUACAUCUGAAAAUUAAAUGAGAUCAUGCUUAGAAAAUGAGAGAAAAAAAGAUUGCAUGCCUGAAAAGUAAAUUAGACUACAAAUAUACAUUUAAUAUAAACAUGUGAAUUCCCUGAAACACCAUUUUAUUUACAUUUUAUUUUAUUUUUAUUUUAUUUUUUUAUUUAUUAUUAUUUUUUUUUAUGUGGACCAGUUGGGUUAAAUGCCUCUCAUUAAUAUUGGUGUUUGUUGAAAAAGUACUUGUGAAGGAUUGGCUGUAAUUCAAAGCAGUACCACUAUAGUCCGUUCCACCUCAGGAACUGGCGCUCGGCAUCCCUCUCCAACACUCACAAUCCAUGCAUUCCUUUCAGCAAGUAGGUAGCUGAUACACAAUAAUGAUAAAGACAACAAAAUACAUUGUAAAACAAUAGAAUACAUUGUACUCACAUUUUCCUAAACAUAUAAAUAUAUGUAACAAAUAUUAUCUGUCUGCUGAUAACAUAUAUGGGAUACAUGAAUAGCCUAGAGACCAACACUGGUGGGAGUUUCUCGCCAGGGGCCGUCCACCAGGCUGUAUGUACAUCCUGUACAUGUGUUUUAUAACAGACAGAUAACACUUGAUUGUUUCAUAUAUUUAUAAGUUUAGAAAAAUGUAAGUACAGUGUAUUCUAUUGUUUUUCAAUGUACUGUAUUCUGUUGUUUUUAGCGCUAUUGUGUAUCAGUUACCUACUUGCUGAAAAGAAUGCACAGAUUGCGACAGUGUUGAAGGGGGGAUGCUGAAUGCUAAUUUCUUUUCUGAUUAUGUCUUGAGAAGAAUUUGAAGUUGUAAGGGAAGAUUUACCUUACUCUAAUACGAGGUAAAAAUUUGUAUUAAUGUCUUGUUCAUGCUCUCUCAUUGUAUGGCUAUGGCUCAGCUUUUCCUAAUUCAGUUUUGUGACAGCCAUUAUUCAUAAAUGCACAUUGUGUGUGCUAUGAAUAGAAAAAAGAUAUGUUGUAAGUGCUCAAGACAGAAGGGAUAUCUCUUUGUAUCCUGGCAAUAUGUGAGAGGGAGUAACUGUGCAGAUUAUUGAAUAGAUGGCGAGGUUUCAGUAUUUUGCUAUUUUUACCGUAAUUUAAAAUCACUGAAGUGACAUAUUGAAUAUCUUGCAAAGAAAACCAUUUCAAUAAAAGAAAACUAUCACAAACUCAGGAAAUAGUCUUGAAAUCCAUGCUGUCAUUAAGCAAAGUUUGUAAAAGUAUUUAACCAAAAUACAUCUAAUGUAAAACAACUGUAAAAUCAAUUGUGCUUAUUGUAUACAUGCAAAGUCCCAGCUAGUCUGCUUAUAUUGAUUAAAUAUUGCCAUACUGUACAAUCCUGUGUGUUCCUAAAGCUUAAUGUAUACAUGAGAUUAAUUCUGAGGUAAACUGCAUAAAGUAUACACUUGAAUACCUAUUAGUCUUGCCAUAAAUGGAUAUUGUCAGGGGUACUACUGCUAGACACCAAUCUUACAGCUGUAUGAAAUGGACCAGAUACAUUGAUGUUUGUGAUAUGUAGUAAUAGCUGCAAUAUUCCUAAAAUGUAAAAAGAAAUAGGCAUAUUAGAAACUAACCACUAAUAAGUCUGUUGUAUAACUUUGCCAUCAUUCUAAAUAGUGUAACAAAAGCUGCCAUUUAUCAACAAAUACUGACGUCUAAAAUAGUAGCAUUAGUGUAAGAUGUAAAAGACAUGCUGGAUGGAGCAAAAGCUUAAAAACUUUAGGGGUUAGACUGUCAUGGGGGAGUCAUUUUAGUUGUUCCAUAGAUAACACAUAGCCAAGUCAUCAUCAUUAUCAUCAUCAGUGACCCUCAUUUCCUAUAAUGGCCGGGUGGGGAAAUUCAAAAGUCCAUUUGAUCAUUCCGAGUGUAUGUACUAGACAAAAAUAGCUUGAGGGGGUUACUCAGCCCUUAAGGAGUGCAAUUACGGGGGGUCCUCCUGCACAUAUGGUACGUCCAAUAGCUUUGAAAUUUUAAUAUGAUGUUUGUUGGUGUAAUGGUAUGAUAUUCUGUGAAUUUCAUUAAAUUUGGGUGAAGUUUAGGAGAGACUCAAACAAAGCGUACAAUUUUGUCACUUAUAAUUUUCUCCACUGUGUCCUGUUUUCUUUUGACAUUUUUUGAAAUUUUAUCAAUAGCAAAAAUGGUCCUUUAGUUGUAGUUUUAAAUGAUACCUAACAAAAUUUGGUCAGACUUUUCACCGAUUUUGUGAAAUUUUUUGAAGUGUAAAAAACUACUUUUCGAGAUAUUGGCUCCUAAAGAUUUUUUUCCAUUUUAUUCAUGUCUUGCCAAUUGUAUUUAUCUGAUUGGCAUGAAAUUUUCACAUAUGAUUGUGUUUACCUUGUUGACUUACUGGAGAAUGAUAAGGCAUCUGGUCCCCCUUUUAUUAAAAAUGUUAAUCAAUCAAAGGUGAGAGUGUCAGAAGGUCAACACGACCGUACUGGGCAAUUCUCUCUCUCAAACAGUGUUUGUAGCUAAGAAAGUGACAUGGUGAUGAAAGUUUUGCUUAUAAUCAGGCUCGAUGUUCACACAUCUGUGAAUAAUCUGUUGUUGGAGCUGCAGUUAUGUCUCAAGGCAAUGUAGCUGAUUCUGCAGUUGAUGGUGGUGGAGGAAAAAGGUGGAAAAAAUAUUCUAAGCCAAUUUUUACGUUUAUACAAGCAUUGAAUGAUACCACAUAUGUUGACGUGUGUCUGGCUAUGAUGCAACUGCAGGACGUUUAAAAAUGGACUCCUGGGGAGGGGUUUUAAUUUUACGAAAACAAACCUCACCACCUGGCAAUUUAAGCUUUCCCGGCCAUGCUGAGCGAAAAACAUGUACUCGUCCGAUUUUAAAAAUAUUAAUCGAAAAAUACUUCGUAGUUGCGCUCCUUAACCUCUGCUUCAUGUGUCAUAGGAGCUGUGUGCCUUCUAACAGUUUCUUGCUACAUACAGUCUUGGAGGGAUUAAAGCUUCUUCGUGUCACUGGCACUUACCUAACAAAAUUCUGUUAUUUUGAUAUGGUGAAGCCUUGCAACAUCUCUGACAGGAAGAUUUUGCCAUACUGUUUACAUAUGUGUGUGUGGAGAGUCCGAUGUGAAAAAAAAAUGGCACUUUUCAUAUAUUUCUACUUUGACUAAUAGGAUAAUUAGAAGUUCCCUUUUCCUAACAUAAAAGUGUCCUGAAGUGUUAUUACUCAGUUGCUCAGUUGCUCAACUCUAGUAGGGAGAUUGCAAGUCAUUGAUGGAUGAAAAAGAAAAUUGAGAAAUAGUUAUUUUCAAAGAAUGUGGCUUCUUGUAAUGGUGAAGAUACUUUACAGGGAGUAAGGUGUUUUUUUUAUUAUGAUGAAAGUCUUCAAUCUCCUUAUCACCACUUUUCUUACUAAUAUUUCGUUAGGUUGAUAAAUGUUGGGUGUUUGUCAGGAAUGUAUUCAUCAAGUAAUGAAAUACGUCAUGAAAAAAAAAGAAAAAGAAAUAGCCCAGUACUUUUCCUAGAAAUGAGUCACUAUUAUAUAAUGGGUCAAGUCUCCUCCUCAUAAAAGGUUUUCCCAGACAAUAUAGCUUGUCUAAUAUUUGUCAUUUGUUCUCUGGUAAUAUUUGCUUUGAAAUAAGUUAACAUGGUCAUGUUGAUUGGAUUUAUGUAUUUUGAGGCCACAUUCAGAGAACUUGAGUGAGCUUUCAACUUUUGUGGCUGGUUCUAAUUUUUUACAUGAAACUGUGAUAUAGUAUUUUAUGUAUUAGAAUUUUUUAUGCAAUUGUGUGUUCAUAAUUCUUUCAGAUUAUUUACAGUAUAAUUUCCAUCUGAUUGUACAACUGACUUUAUAUUGGUUAUUUGUGUAUCUCAAAAUAUGCUUUUGUCAUUCUCACUAACUGUACUGCAUCUUUUAAAUGUUUUUUUCACAUAUCCAGAAAAAAAUGUAGCCUAUAUAUCAAACACAAACUGUCCUAAAAUAAGUUGCUAACACCAUAACUGUUCCUCGUUUGUUCAUUGUAGUAUAAAAUUUGGGUAUAUGUUAAGAUGUGUGUGGCCUUGCUGUUCAUCUCCAUCUCAUUGGUCCUUGAGCCUGUGGGUAAAACAACCAGGUUAUCACAGUUUACCUUCCCUAGGUUUCCUUUGGUGCCCAUUUAUUGACCAGCUUGAAAGAGAGGUUGAACAGUUGGAUGAGCUGGGGUGGAAUUUGAACCCAGGCUCACUGAUUCAUAGACAGGCAUGCUAACCACUACACCACAGAGGCUUAGAUAUACUGUGUAAAUCUUGGAACCUCAUGUUUAUCAAUUAAAAGUUUAUAUUUUAUGCAAAGUAAAGGACAAACAGAACAUCCAAUAUCAAUAGGAAGAAUUUUAUUAUGUUUGGAAGGACAUUCUAUAAAAGAUCAGUCAACCACUUAUAUAAUCAGCUAAAAUUUGGUGCUAUUUCAUGAAUGUAUUUGUUUUGUAAAGUGUGUGAUCCACUACAGCAGAUAGUAGUACAGGUUGAGAUUACUUGUCUGAAAUAUUGACUGUGUGUUUUGCUUACAUGUGCUGCUGUGCCUUUCUUUCGUGUUUAUACUAUACCUCAUUUAUGUAUUUGAAGGCAUUUUCAGCUUCACAUUUUCAUGAUCAACACUUAUUCAAUCACUAAAGGAUCAUCCUCAUCAUUUUCUGUCAUGCAUCCAACUUGUGUUUUGUCUUUUUAUCAGUUUAUUCGUUAUAUAGGUAUGUGACCUAUAUUUUAUGCAAAAAUUUCCAUACUUUAUAUAUAUCUCACAUUGCUGCUGCUAGUGCAGUAUUUAUGUAGAUGUAAUAUUUUUUUGAUAGAGUAUCAUAAUGUAUUUUACCAUGUGUGUAUUGCAAUUAAUUUUUUUGAACAAUGUACAGCAUGAUCAUACCUAUGCAUGUUUCACAAUAUUUAAAAGUAAAGUUAGGGGCAUACACUAUAGCUGCUCAUAGUCUCAGUGCUCAUCUCUUUCUCAUUGGCCCUUGAACCUGUGGUGGAUAAUAACCAAUAACCAUGGGACACAGGGCAAGUGCAACAUCAGGGUUACCACAUUUUACCCUCCCAAGGUUUCCUCAGGUACCCAUUUAUUGACCAUCUUGAAGGGAAGAAUGAACAGCUGGGUUGGCUGUGAGCCAAUUCCCCUGGCCAGGAUUUGAACUUGGGGCUGCAAAUUGGUAGCCAGGUGUGCUAACCACUAUGCCAUAAACGCACAGUAUUUGAUGCUAAUGAAAUUUAGGAAGAGAUAAAAAGGCUAAGAAAAGUUUGGUUGCCGACCUACCUACAUUAACCUUCACUGUGUGUGUAUUUUUUAAGUAUUCACAAAAAACAACCUCCGUUUGUGGAUAGUGGCUGUAAUUAUAUAUUAUAAUCAUAUGUUUAAAUUUGAUUAUAAUUUGACUGCAUGCUACAAUUAUAAAUGGAGUUUGGUUGGUGCAUGAGCAAGUCAGUGAGGACUUGUACUUUAGGUCAUAUAACUUGUAGGCCACAUCAUGGUAAGUGAGACUGUUGAGGGUUAUUGCCAAAUGUAAUGAUAUAGAUCAGGUAUUUUUGCAAGUAAGUAACUAUUAUGGAACAGUGAGAAUGUUAGGUUUUGAAAUAUAUAUUUGGAUAUGCAUCACAAUAUUGUAAUUUUUCUUUAUAAAUGAAUUUGAGAAUGAAAAUUUGAAUUGCAUGUUUCAAAACACAUAGAUGAGACUUAAUUGAGCCACUCAAGAUAAUGAUUUACUGGAUAACAUCAAUGCAGAUGACGAUAACAUUUACUUCAUUUCAUGACAUCAUCGACUUUCAAAAUGCCCAUAUGGUUAUCGAAAUCAGGUACUUGCAUUCAUUAGGUAUUCCUUUUUCUUCCUCUUCCUCCUCUUCCUCUUGAUUUCUACUUUAACAAGUUCCUCUGUACAAUAUUGCCAUAAAAGGUAUUCUUGAUUACUUGUAUUUCUCAAUGAGAUGAUACGUUUUUAUUAUUACUUUAUUAUUUUAUUUUUCAAUCCUAGUUCUGCAAAAUGUUUACAAAAUUAUGAAAAAGCAUUUGUGUAACUGGUGGACAUUUUCCAGAGGACAAAUGCAUGAAUCUCUGUCAGUUGAGUUGUUUUAUGCAUGUGUGGAUGGUGUGGUACUGCAUGGAGGUCAAGUGGUAGGCUAGUAGGGAAAAGUGUAUACCCUGUAUUGAACAUACAUUCAAACACUGAUGAUCUAUAGUUGUUUAAAAAAAAUUGUGUGAAAUACCCAAUAUAAUCCAGAGAAAUACUGUUGACAUGUCACUAAAAUAUAGUAGCCAUCUUGGUUCAGCCAUAUAGAUAAUAAAGGUACAUUAUCUACUUGUUAGUACUGUACUUGACUGAUGGUGUCAGGAAAUGUAAAACUCUGCAACCCUUGUGAUAGAUAAUUUCAUGGGAUUUCUUCCAGUUUUAAGAAUGUGAUAUAAUGAUCAUACGUACAACCAUUAUUCAUCAUGGUUAUUGCAUAUUAUUAUGGCAAUUUAAGUAAUGAGGUAUUAGAUUUUUUGUUUUCAUAUUAAUCAUAAGCAUCAUGGAUUCCCAUCAUCACCCACUGGUCAUGAGAGAGGAUGUUCCUCACUGUAGCCUGAGUGUGGGGAGGACGACUCUGCACAUCCUUGGUGGGUUGUGUGCUGCACUGCAGGAACAAAAAAUAAAAAUAAAUUGUAUCGACUGUCCAAUAAAACUUUACAUUGUUC